UUCUCUUCUCGCCGGUGGUGCUCUUGUCCGUUUGCGGCUCGCGGAGAAGAUGGCGGCGCGUAGUGGUUUUCAGCCUGCGACACCCGGAGGCGGCGGAGCCCCAUUAGGACCCGGGCCGCCAGUAGCCGGUGCGGGGCCCGGUAUGGGUCCCGGUACGCCCUCAGGACGGAUGGGACCCGGCGGCCCGCAGAACCAUAUGUAUCGAUCACCGAUGCCCGGAUACCCGAGACCAGGAAUGCCUCCAGCCAGCCGUAUGACUCCUCAGGGACCCUCCAUGGGGCCUCCAGGUUACGGGGCCAGUCCUGUGUCCCGCCCCGGCAUGCCAGUCAUGGACCCGUCCCGCAAGCGACCGGCGCCAAAUCAGAUCCAGCAGGUCCAGCAACAGAAUCGCAACCAACAUGCCAAGAAGAAGAAAAUGGCUGAUAAAAUCCUACCUCAAAGAAUCAGAGAACUUGUUCCCGAGUCUCAGGCGUACAUGGACCUGCUGGCGUUUGAGAGGAAGCUCGACCAGACCAUCAUGCGCAAGCGACUCGAUAUUCAAGAAGCUCUCAAGAGACCCAUCAAGCAAAAAAGAAAACUACGGAUAUUUAUCUCCAACACAUUCAAUCCUGCCAAACCAGAUGCAGAGGACGGCGAGGGUACCGUUGCAUCUUGGGAGCUGCGUGUGGAGGGACGACUUCUUGAAGACACUGCUGUGUCCAAAUAUGAAGCCACCAAGCAGAAGAGGAAGUUUUCUUCUUUUUUCAAGUCUUUAGUGAUCGAGUUGGAUAAAGACUUGUAUGGACCUGACAAUCAUUUGGUGGAGUGGCACCGAACAGCCACGACUCAGGAGACCGACGGAUUUCAGGUGAAAAGGCCCGGAGAUGUUGGGGUCCGCUGCACUGUACUUCUCAUGCUGGACUACCAGCCCCCUCAGUUUAAGUUGGACCCCAGGCUGGCCCGGUUGCUGGGGAUCCACACCCAGACCCGACCCGUGAUCAUUCAGGCUCUGUGGCAGUACGUGAAGACCCACAAACUUCAGGACCCUCAUGAACGAGAGUUCAUCAACUGUGACAAAUACCUCCAGCAGAUCUUUGAAACCCAGAGGAUGAAGUUCUCUGAGAUCCCUCAGAGGCUGCAUGCACUACUGAUGCCCCCCGAGCCAAUCAUCAUCAACCACGUCAUAAGCGUGGAUCCCAACGACCAGAAGAAGACGGCGUGCUACGAUAUAGACGUGGAGGUGGACGACACCCUGAAGACCCAGAUGAAUUCGUUCCUGCUGUCCACUGCCAGUCAGCAGGAGAUCGCAGGCCUCGACAACAAGAUCCAUGAGACCAUCGAAACUAUUAACCAGCUGAAGACUCAAAGGGAGUUCAUGUUGAGCUUCGCACGAGACCCGCAGGGCUUCAUCAAUGACUGGCUCCAGUCGCAGUGCAGAGACUUGAAGACGAUGACGGAUGUGGUAGGAAACCCGGAGGAGGAGAGGAGAGCCGAGUUUUACUUCCAGCCUUGGGCUCAGGAGGCCGUGUGCCGUUAUUUCUAUUCAAAGGUUCAGCAGAGGAGACAGGAGCUGGAACAGGCUCUUGGCAUUCGAAACACAUAAGCAAGCUUCCGACUGCUACGCCACAGGACCGGAGGGGUUUCUGGGUAGUGAAUUUCCUGCUGCUCUGUACUGCAGAUGCUGAUCACUACAGUUAUAUUACAGUUUAUCGUGUGCUGUCCUGCUGUAGCUGCCCAGGAAUGACCCCUCGUACAGAAAUGACCUUAUUUUUGUUGUGACUCCGCCAAAUUAACACCCCUUGAAAUUGUGCUGUCACCCUUGUUUUUACCUGAUUCGAGCUUCCCGUGCAAGUGAACAUUUUCAAAGUAAUUUUGAAAUGCUGUCAUUUUGGAAAAUGUAGUUUUUUGACCAAACUGACAGACUUUGUUGGAUAUUUUUUGGAUAAGUUACAAACAGAAGUCAUACGAAGUGAGAUGUGAUGAUGUUUGAGCUCAUUUUCCACUGUCCUUGUUAGCAAAUCAACAACAGUUACUUUUUGGAGGGGUCGUUGUUUGUUAUUUUCAAAAUUAUCGAUAUUGUCUGAUUAUUUUAAUGUUCUCAUAAUAUGAACUUAAUGAAGAUCUAGUCUAGUUAAGCAUAGAUGACGGAUUAUGUAGUUUAGUACCUCAGCUUUGUGAAUUAUUCGGAGGAAGUUCCUUGAACAUGUCUGUUGGCGUCAAAGGCGAGAGCUCACUAAUUAACGUUUUCUGCAAUGCUCAGUAAAUAAGACUUUUUCAGAACUCAUCUGUUCAAUAGUCGUUUUAGAUUCACAAGAUUAGAUGUACUGCUGAGUGACCUGUAUGAUUAUAGAUCUUUCAGUCACGAGGUUCGUCAUGAACUGUAAAGUACUUCCACUCCAUCCUCUCUGUGAUAUGUAUUAAUAUAUUUGGAGAAUUGCCUUUAAUGGUUGAUUUGAUUAAUUUUUAUAAUUCUAGUUGACUUGUCAGUCUGAAAGAACAACAUGGAAAAACCUGCCAAUGCAAGUACUAACUGGCCAUGGCAACCCACGUAACAUGUCUGGGAAAACUGUCAAGUGUUUUAAUAUUUCAUAGAUGCGCUGCAAAUAGGCCAUGGGUUCUUCCAAUCAAGUAAUUCAAAGUGUUUAGAAGUCAAGUGCUAAAGACUUUAACAUUUUUGGUAGUUUAAGUUUGAACUAUUUUGUUGUUUUUCCUAAAGUCAUGCAUUUGCUUUGAUUUUAUAUCUUUACAAUCUUGUUUUUCAUUAUUUGCUUUAAUGGACCAAAUGUUGUAUUUCUCUAUUAGCCAUAUGUGUUAUAAUAAAGAUUAUCUUGUAUUGAUGCUCA